GCGAAAGUUUCCUCGUCCUCUCCAAAUCCCGCACCAUGGCCAGCCGCUCUCCCUCGCUGCUCGUGCAGGUCUCCCUUGCGGACCUGCCCUGGGAGAGGGUUCAGAAGAAGCUGGAGAUCUACUUCCAGUCCCAGAAGAAAUCCAGGGGCGACGAAUGCGAAGUGCGGCCGGUGGAUCGUGAACGGGGCAUUUAUUCGGUUCAUUUCCGGUCGGAGGAAGUGAAGAACCGAGUGAAGGUACAUAAAGACCAUUCUAUAGAGAUUGGCAACAGAAUUCUGAAAAUACAGAUCCUGCCAGAUUCUGGCAUGACGACGAUGGAUUCCGCAGAACGAUCAUUGACAAACAGCUUGAUAAGCCCCUCUGCAAACUCACUUCCUGCUUCAAGUGCUCUCCAACUUCAAAGUGAUUUAGAAAGGAGGUUUGAUGGAAAAUAUGCAGGUGAUCGUGACAGCAUUGCCGGAAAGAUAUUUCUCAGCGUCUCUGCCACUUUGAAUACUGACUUGUUCACAGAGCAGGAGAGGAGAGAUGUGAUUGAUCUGUGCCCCACUUUAAGAGUAGACGGCAUUUCAAGCCAUCAUGGCAUUGAAAAGGUGUCAGGAGGUUAUGGCGAUAUUGAAAAGUUACACCACCUUUUUGAGAAACGCCUUGGAUCUUCCCAUCGCCACGCCAAUGAAUUUCUGCAUCCUAAAAUACAGAAUGGUUUGGAAGAAAUGGACAUGGGAAGCCAGAAAGACAGAAACAAGAGUGAUUCAGAAGAUGUUUGUUGUGAAUUGGAAGUUCCUUCAGGUAUCUUUGAAUACUUUAGCCAGGCCUUCAAAGAAACAGUUGAAGAACUGGAGCAGAAAUUUAAUGUCAAGAUAACUAGUAAUGAACAUGAAAAUGGAUUGACCUCUGUACGCUUUAAUUCUGCUGGAAGUCUUAACUUGAUUGAGAAAGCUCAGCAGGAUUUUGUCACAGCUUUUCAGAAAGUAGCAGCAGAUGUGAAACAGGAAAGGAUUCCUUUCACCAACCAUCAGCAGUUUGAUAAAGCACAGGAAAUGCUAAGCACCAAAUAUAAAAGUAUUCUUGUUAAAACGGACCAGAACGAAUUAAUUCUCCGUGGCCCGGCAAAGGAGAUUUCAGCUGCUAAAAGAGAAAUAGAGGCAAGUUAUUUGGAUAAGGUACCUGAAUCUCCUCCUCCUAUGAAGAGUGACAUUGAAGUUGAUGCUGAUAUAUUUGAACUCAUGGAACCCAAAUUGUCUAAAGAAAUUGAAGCUAUAAAACAAAAGUAUGAUACCACCAUGGAGAGAAAAAAGUGUCUCAGGAGCCAGAAAGCAAUCAUCCGUUUUAUGCCUAAGAAGCAUGGGAAAUCAGAUCAGUCUUCAAAAGCUUAUGGACACUUCCACUAUGUUUAUCAAAACACUUUAAAACAGACUACAAGAAAAGAAAUCCCCUUGAAACUUUCAGAGAAUCAGCAAAGGAAACUGGAUGCAUUCCUUUCACAAUUGCAAGCUGAAAAUACUAGAGUAUUCCUGGAAAAAAAGGGAAAUAAACUGUUUAUAGAAGGGCCUCUAGAGCAUGUGUGUUAUGCCGAAAAGCACAUCAUGAAGUUUCUGAACACUGACAUGAAUCCAGAUCACGGGAAUCUACCCAUUCCUGGUUCUAGCCCUAGAGCCACUUCAGGGGCAUACUUUGAGCCAAACAGUGCCCACAACAUGCGCCCGGUUUCUAGGGAACAAGCAGGUUCACAAGCAGUGGGAGCCAAACAAGAGGAAGAGUGCUCCAUCUGCAUGGAUUUAAUCGACCAGAAAGAAGUGUUGCCCAAAUGCAAGCAUGCGUUUUGUAAGACCUGCAUUACUGAGGCAAUGAAAUACAAGCCCACCUGCCCUGUGUGUAAUAUGUUCUAUGGAAAAAUGGAAGGAAACCAGCCACCUGGGACAAUGCAAGUUAACAAACUUCGAACGUCACUUCCUGGUUAUGAACAAUAUGGUACUAUUGAAAUUGCCUAUCACAUACUUGAUGGCAUCCAAACUACAAGCCAUCCAAAUCCAGGAAGAGGAUUCCGGGGAGCAUAUCGGACUGCAUAUUUACCAAACAACAAAGAAGGAAAUGAAAUCUUGUGUCUGCUUCAACGGGCUUUUGAACAAAAAUUGAUUUUCACAGUGGGACAGUCACGUACAACUGGUUUAUGUGAUGUUGUUACCUGGAAUGAUAUACACCACAAAACUGGAAAGCAUGGCGGCCCAGAGAGUUUUGGCUACCCUGAUCCUUCCUAUCUGAAACGUGUUCGAGAAGAACUGAAGGCAAAAGGAAUUGUAUGAGUGUUUUUGUCCAGAAAUUGCAUCUGUCUAAAUACACAAUUUAAUUCACCAUAUUGUUGAAGUUAAUGAAAGAGUUUAACACUUGCUUUUGAAGAAUUGCUGCUUACCCAGUGCAAAAUUCUGAAUUGCAGUAUUUGUUGAUUAACAAUUAUGUUUUGGGCUGUGAAAUUAUACCAAAAUCUUUGUAUGCAAUACUAACUAUAAAGCUGUGGUCCUGUGCACAUUAUGUAGAACCAAGACACAUUGAUUUCAGCUGAUUUCUUUUUGAAUUCUGUUGAAAUCAAUGGGCCUUGGUUCUAAGUAGGCUCAUAUAUGAUCAGGUUAUAUUCUUUCAUUUGAUUAUUACUUGGAAAAUAUGGAGAUGGAAUAAAAGUUAUUUAUCAGAAA